AUCAACACUCCCUGUUUUAUCCGCUCGCCAUUGUUCCGCUUUUCGCUCCUUCGCACGAAAUCUAUUGCCGUUACUUUUGACCGAACUUCUGUAUAUCCCCCGAGACCGAGCUGGCUUCCCUAUCGCUUGGCGCUUAAAAGACUGCCUGUUUACGUACCAUGGAUCAUCGCCACCAUCAGCAUCCUCAGCCUACCGCUUCAGCCUCUUGAUCAUUGUCGCAUCGUCCCAACAACGAGUUGUGCGUUUGUUCCAUUGUGAUCAUCGAGAUUACAGCAUUUGCGCCUCAAAUCACACAGCCUCUCACAAUGUCGGAGACAGUUGAACUCGAAAACAACCGGGCGAGCAGCCCUAUGGAGAACAAAGAACGCAUCCCGCCUAAUGGCGGCACCAAGGCAUGGGCCUGCGUUGCCGGCUCGUUCUUGCUGCAGUUUUGUUCUUUCGGCUAUGUCAAUGCAUGUGGCAUGUUUCAAUUAUACUACUCGGACGUGAUGUUCAAGGACGAGUCAUCAUCUGCACUAGCAUGGAUCACCACCCUGCAAAUCUUCCUGCUGUUUAUGUUCGGUCCAGCUGUAGGAAAAUUGAUCGAUGUCUACGGCUGCCGCAGGAUGCUUCCACCAUUCAGUAUCAUGGCUGUGUUCUCUGUGUGCAUGUUGAGCCUGUGCACCAAGUAUUGGCAGGUCAUGCUUGCACAAGGAGUUGCCUUUGGUUUAGCUGCUGCUGGACUCUCUCUCCCUGCUAUGGCAACUGCCACCCAAUGGUUCUCGACUAAGAAAGGAUUGGCUGUUGGUAUUGUGUCUUCAGGCAGCAGUCUAGGCGGAAUAAUUUACCCAUGUAUGCUGCCUCGACUAAUCGAGGAAGUCGGCUUCGCAUCUGCUGUUCGCUGGACUGCCCUUUUACAAGGAAUCCUUUUAUUUAUUGCCAAUCUUCUUUGCUCCUCGCCCUUCCCACCGCUUGGCAAAUCGUCGCCUGAAGAGAAGGAUAAAGUCCCUCCCAGCAGUGGCCUCAAUGGGUUCAAGAGUUGGCCUUGGUUCUUUUUCGUCUUAGGUUGUUUCUUCACCAUGUGGGGUCUCUUUGCGCCUCUCAACUACCUUCCAGAGAUGGCCUCGCUUCAUGGAUAUGAAAGCUUUGCUGUAUACACACUGGCUAUUGCGAAUGCAGGGUCUCUUGUUGGCCGAAUUGUUCCUGGCUGGAUCAGCGAUAUCAUUGGCCAAUUCAAUACCAUGGUUAUGGUGACCAGUCUAUCCGGAAUCUUGGUAUUGGCCUUCUGGCUGCCACUUGAGUUCCAUACAUCCAAAGCCGGCCUUAUCCUCUUUGCUCUGCUUUUUGGCUUUGUUAGCGGUGGCUUCGUGAGUCUUGGCCCUCCCUGUGUUGUUUCUCUUGCCGAAGACCGAGUGGACGAGAUUGGUGUAAAGCUUGGUGGUUUCUGCUUGGCUAUUGCCCUUGGAGCUUUGACUGGUCUUCCUAUCGAAGGGGCUAUCAAAGAUCGCGAAGGCGAUAAAUUCACUGGUUUGAUGGCCUUUGCAGGAGCGACAAUGAUUAUGGGAAGUUUCUGUACUGCGAUCGCUCGAGUUUACAAGGGAGGAUCUAAGCUCAUGAAGAAGGUUUGAGCAGCAGUCGGAGGGAUCAUCGAUAGAAGGGGAUGUAAUGGACAUCAGCCUGAGGCGACUAAAACAAGUCUGGUUAGGAAAUGAUAGAAGAUGGGCGUAAUGUAGAGUAGUCUCAGUUCGUUUGUAUCCUGUAAUGGGAAAGACAACAUUCUAAGUUCUUUUGAGUAAAUAUUUACAUAUUAAUAGAACAUUUGUGUCUCCG